AUGCGCGGUGCAAUGAACAUGUUCUUACCAAUGACUAAUACUCAUACGACUACAAUCAGCAAAACUCCUACCACUACAAUCAGUAAUACUCCCACUACUACAACCAGUAAUACUCCUACCACUACAACCAGUAAUGCUCCUACAACUACAACCAGUAAUACACCUACAACUACAACCAGUAAUGCUCCUACCACUACAACUGGUAAUGCUCCUACUAAAACAACCAGUAAUUAUCCUACCACUACAACCAGUAAUACUCCUACCACUACAAACAGUAAUGCUCCUACCACUACAACCAGUAAUGCUCCUACCACUACAACCAGUAAUGCUCCUACCACUACAACCAGUAAUACUUCUACCACUACAACCAGUAAUACUCCUACCCCUACAACCAGUAAUGCUCCUACCACUACAACCAGUAAUGCUUCUACCACUACAACCAGUAAUACACCUACCACUACAACCAGUAAUACGCCUACUACAACAACUAGUAAUUAUCCUACCACUACAACCAGUAAUACUCCUGCCACUACAACCAGUAAUACUCCUACCACUACAACCAGUUAUGCUCCUACCACUACAACAAGUAAUGCUCCUACUACUACAACCAGUAAUACUCCUACCACUACAACCAGUAAUGCUCCUACCACUACAACCAGUAAUGCUCCUACUUCAACAACCACCAGUGAUACUCCUACCAAUACAACCAGUAAUGCUCCUAACACUACAACCAGUAAUACUCCAACCCUUACAAUCAGUAAUACUCCCACAGCUACACCUAGCAAUACCCCUACCAAUACACCAACCAGUAGUGCUCCUACCACUACAACCAGUAAUGCUCCUACCACUACAAUCAGCAAUACUCCUACCACUACAAUCAGUAAUACUCACACUUCUACAACCAGUAAUACUCCUACCACUACAACCAGUAAUGCUCCAACAACUACAACCAGUAAUACAACUACAACCAGUAAUACUCCUACGCCUACAACCAGUAAUGCUCCUACUACAACAACCAGUAAUUAUCCUACCACUACAACCAGUAAUACUCCUACUACUACAAACAGUAAUGUUCCUACCACUAUAACCAGUAAUGCUCCUACCACUACAACCAGUAAUACUUCUACCACUACAACAAGUAAUACUCCUGCCACUACAACCAGUAAUACUUCUACCACUACAACCAGUAAUUCUCCUACCACUACAACCAGUAAUGCUCCUACUACAACAACCAGUAAUAAUCCUACCACUCCAACCAGUAAUACCCCUACCACUACAACCAGUAAUGCUCCUACCACUACAACAAGUAAUGCUCCUACCACUACAACCACAAGUAAUGCUCCUACCACUACAACCAGUAAUACUCCUACCACUACAACCAGUAAUACUCUUACCAAUACAACCAGUUAUACUCCUACCACUAUAACCAGUAAUACUCAUACCAUUACAACCAUUAAGGCUCCUACCACUACAACCAGCAAUGCUCCUACCACUACAACAAGUAAUACACCUACCACUACAACCAGUAAUAAUCCUACCACUACAACCAGAAAUGCUCUUACUACUACAACCAGUAAUUCUCCUACCACUACAACUAGUAAUGCUCCUGCCACUACAAACAGUAAUACUUCUACCACUACAACCAGUAAUACUCCUACCACUACAGCCAGUAAUACUCCUACCACUACAACCAGUACUCCUACAACUACAACCAGUAAUACACCUACAAAUACUACCAGUAAUACUCCUACCACUACAACCAGUAAUGCUCCUACCACUACAACCAGUAAUGCUCCUACAACAACAACCAGUAAUACUUCUACCACUACAACCAGUAAUACUCCUACAUCUACAACCAGUAAUGCUCCUACCACUACAACUAGUAAUGCUCCUGCCACUACAAACACCAGUAAUACUCCUACCAAUACAACCAGUAAUGCUCCUACCACUACAAUCAGUAAUACUCCAGCCAUUACAAUCAGUAAUACUCCCACAGCUACACCUAGCAAUACUCCUACCAAUACACCAAGUUAUACUCCGACCACUACAACCACCAGUGAUACUCCUACCAAUACAACCAGUAAUGCUCCUACCACUACAACCAGUAAUACUCCAACCAUUACAAUCAGUAAUACUCCCACAGCUACACCUAGCAAUACUCCUACCAAUACCUCAAGUAAUACUCCAACCACUACAACCAGUUAUACUCUUACUACUGCACCCAUGAAUACACAUACCACUACAUACAGUAAUACUCAUGCCAAUUCACCCAGUAAUAUUCCUACUACUACAACCAGUAAUACUCCUACCACUACAACCAGUAAUACUCCUACCACUACAACCAGUAAUACUCAUACCACUACAACCAGUAAUGCUCCUACCACUUCAACCAGUAAUGCUCCUACAACUACAACCAGUAAUGCUCCUAUCACUACAAUCAGUAAUUUUCCUACCAAUACCACCAGUAAUGCUCCUACCAAUACAACCAGUAAUACUCCAACCAUUACAAUCAGUAAUACUCCCGCAACUACACCUAGCAAUACUCCUACCAAUACACCAAGUUAUACUCCGACCACUACAACCAGUAAUACUCUUACUACUACACCCAUGAAUACACCUACCACUACAACCAGUAAUACUCCUACCACUACAAUCAGUAAUAUUCCAAUCCCUACACCCAGUAAUAGUCCUACCACUACAACCAGUAAUACUCCUACUACAGCAACCAGUAAUUAUCCUACCACUACAACCAGUAAUACUCCUGCCACUACAGCCAGUAAUUUUCCUACAAUUACAACCAGUAAUGCUCCUACCACUACAACAAGUAAUGCUCCUACUACUACAGCCAGUAAUACUCCUACCACUACAACCAGUACAACUACUACAACCAGUAAUACUCCUACCUCUACAACCAGU